AUGGCGAAGGGAGUCAAGUCAGCGGUACCAGCAACGCCGGUCAAGCCGAGUGGAACGCGCAACGAGGCUUCGGUGCGCUCCGGAAGCUCGUUCUCGACCCCAGCGACGGAUCGAAUGGAGUCGAUCGACGAGCGUUCGGCGAGAUGCGACACGGCGAUUGAUUCCUCGGACGCCAAAGAAGAUGACGAAGAUGAUGACUGGGAUGUCAGGACUGUGAUGUCCGAGACUUCGAAGGCCGCGGUUGUGUCGGCCGGCCGCAGUGGAGGAUCGAGGUUGAUCACCCGCGACCUCUCCGAAACGUUCAACGACAUGCCGGGCCCCGAGCCCGCCUGCGACGCGGAUGACGGUGCGACCGAGGGUUUCAAAGCCUCGGUGACGGUUCUAGGCCGAUGCCUGGAGCUGAUGAAGGCCAAAAGUGAGUGGAUGCAGUUGUUCUCCCCGAAGCAGAUCCGGGCUUUGGCAACGCCGAUCAACUCAACGAGCACUCGGCAGGUCGCUCAGAACACUGUGGACCUCCUGCGUGCAAUGGGGUGCGAGCCCCAGAUUCUCCCGACGGAGGCUGCACUCGCGAGCUGGACGCCAACCACCGCCGCCAAGGCUCUUACCAAGUGGAGGAAGAAGUUACGUGAGGCCUUUGGGGUGGCAGACCGAGGCUCAACGAAGCUUCGUUCGGCCCCCGGAGCGGUUGACCCCUCCAAGGUCCCGCUACCAGCGACCCUUCGGAAGGCAGCCACGGAUGACGAAGUCGUCGCAGUCAAGGGCGAGGCUUCGCCUUACAUGCAAGACUCGCACAUGGUAACCCCACGAUCUACGGACCGUAGUGAACGUCUGACUAGGGAGACCGAGGUUUCGUACGCAACGCCUGGCACGCGCGGGGCAACCGGUCGCCGGUCCAGCCGCCGUUACGACCUCCGAGAUGACUCGUCGGACAGUGACGAUGAUCUCGGGUCCGACUGUUACGAGGGCGACCUGCCAAGCGAAUGGGCCCGUCAGGUACGCGAACUGAGCGCGACUGAUAAUCAGAGCUCAACCCCGACGCUCGAGAUUACCACGCAUCUACCUCUCUGCAACAUCAAUUCGUUCUACGGUGUGCGCGACAAGAGCGAACACUCCAUGCAGUGGCUUCGUACGUUCGUCUACGAGAUGAGGCUUCCACGCAAGACGAGACGCACGUGGAAACUGCUGUGCGAGGCAUUCAUUAAGUACUACUGCUCGAAGUUCUCCCAGUCUGCAAAGACUCGGUACUACUCGAUCAAACGAGAGAACAAAGAGCAUAUAUGUGACUACCUCAACCGGCUCAACGGCUACGCUCGCAACGCCGGGGUGCAGUUUGAGCACGGGGAUCGUGACGCGAAGGACCACGUCGAACACUUCUUAGUUACGUGUGACGACCGAAACUUAGAAGACCGUCUGUGCCACGUUCGGGUCAAGAGCAUUCAUGACCUCGAAGACAUGAUCAACGACAUUCUGCGUCACCGUGACCGAAAGUCGACCCGCGAAUCUUCGUUCCGCCGCUCCCGCAGUCAAGAUGACAGUCGCCGUCGCGACGCGCGGUCGAACGAGGAUUCUCGAAGUGGUUAUCGCUGUGAACGACGUUACCGCGACGAGGACCGCCGCGAACGACGUUACCGUGGCGACGACCGCCUCACCGAUCGUCGUGAUGACGACCGCCGCCGUGACAGACGUGACGGGUCACCGCACCGGUCGAGGGUUACUUUGGUCGACGCCCUUCCCGAUGGGAUGGCAGAAUGGAACAUUGGAGGCUCGGCGAACAAGGAUUACUUCGAUGAUGAGCGCCAGUACUCGGACGACCAACGCUCGGACGAGGAUUCAGACGCCGAUUACGACUCUGACGAGUCUACUCGGCAUGUCGCUGCCGCUAACGACGCUGAGCGCAGGGCCGCAGCCGAUGGAACGUUCGCCCGGUCUGACAACCGACGCUACAGGAACGGAGGAGGCCCGUCCAACCGCAAACGAGAUGGCCGUCGCCAGUUUGGGCCGUGUGCCGCGUGCAGAAGCCCGUCCCACUCCGUGCACUUCUGCUACCGGCGGUGCCAACUGUGCAAACAGGUGCACGACGCUGGAAAGUGCGAAGCGCUCCACGAGCUCACCAAGCUCCUGAAGUCCAAGGUCGACAAGAAGGAUCUGUCGCCAGAGCUGCAAAGCCUGUUAGCUGAGCCUGCUGUUGAUGCGGACUAUCUGUUCGCAUUCACGGGCGAAAGCAGACGGCCUGACGACCGGAAGAACAAUGAACGUGUGAAACUGACGGGAAAUGGAGAGAACCGAGACGCAAGUCUCGUUGAGAUUGGUAUUGAUGAAGAUGAUGAUGACGAACGUGAUGGACGCCCGACCGAGGCUUUGAUCACAAGUCUAGCCCAGAUCAGGGGGCCACCUCGGAGCCUCGUUCGGGCGGUGAAAUUACUGCCCGGUGAGAGACCGGGGUGGUGGUCGUCCCAACGAUACGACAAGAGGAAGCGAAUGAGAGCUUUGGUCAAUGGCGCUGUGGACGAUGCGCGAACGAGGAUACUCCUUGACACUGGAGCGAAUGUUAGCGUGAUUUCUGCCAGCUUCGCCAAGCGGCUACGCGUGCGAGAAGUCCGGGGCCACGGACAGAGUCUCGAAGUCCGCGGCAUCAACCCAGGGGUGAUAAAGACCCGGCGACGGGCGCUCGUCAAGAUCACCCUCGGGUGGGAGCAGGCCUACGAGUUUGAAAUGUGGAUAAUGGACCACAGUGCCGGAGUGGAUGUAGUCCUUGGGAUGGACUUUAUGAUCCCGGCUAGAAUCCGGCUGGAUCUGUUCCAUGGCACCGCACGCCUUCCAGACGAGGUCAUGGUACCACUUCUGAAGUCGCAGAGUGUUGGGGAUGACGAACCUUACGGCACGCAGCCUUCGAGUGGGCCGACCGAGGAUUUAUACGUCCCCGGUCGCGAGUGGCGAGAGUUUCGACUGCCGCGCCAGCGGCUAUCUCGUUCGGAGUACGAUGUGUGGGUACGGUGCACGGACAAGCUUGUGCCGACCGUUACGAGGCUUCGACGGGUGCAGCCGACAAGGGUACGACUCACCAAUAUUACGACCACAACGGCACAGUGUGCCAAGCACGACUCCGUGGUGCUCUGGGUACCGCACGGUGAACUACCGCGAGAGACCGGCUACGCGAGGUUGGGCUCUAAUAAGUACAAUGAGUGGCAGGUGCUGGCAUACUCAACGAGCCGUGACGAGACUCUGUAUGGAAGGGAGCGAUGUCUCUAUGACCAAUUGAUGGCCAAACAGCCACCCGCAGUUGAGCGCAGGAUUUACUCGACGCCGCAGAAGAUCUUACGGAGACCGCUCGGCGCUCCAACAUGGCCGAGAGGUCAUCUUCAAGGUCGUCCUAACGACGAUUAUUCUUCGCUCGGUAUAUCGGAUCAUGACAACGACCUUAGGGUCUCCCAAGGCUCGGUUAAGGUUACUGAGCCUGGUGCAGACGCCAAAGAACGUGAUGGUAUAUCGAACGACGGUUUGGACGACGAGGCGAUUGCACGGACCGACUCCGACGCACUGGAAUGGUCGUCGCUUCACCGAGCGGCCUAUGCAUCCAAGCGCACCGAUCAUAACGCCGAUAGCAUCGAACAUGGGGCACAGAAAGCCCCGGCCGAGGUGUCAGGAGCCGGAGACAAGCGUGACGAUGGUGUUGGAGAGCUGAACGACGAUUCGGGAGAAGAUCAUGACGCGCCAGAUGUAACAGCAGCGGUGGAACCCGCCCCGCGAAUGGCCGGAACAGCGACUGAUACGCAAGCCCGCCUUGAACCAGAUCAAACGUCGGUCGCGUGGGGCAACGCCACUAUCGACUGGGGCGAACAUGAUCCUGGACCGAACGACAUCUUAACUGAAGCAGGAACAGCCACGACCGAGGUUAAAGGGUUCACUGAGGACGAUGACACUGCGAACGAGAUUAAGCUCAGCGACUACGCGCAGGAGUCUCUACCGACACCUCGGCUGAAGCCUACCACUCGGAUUUGGCCUACAUGGAACGAGGUAAACCAAGGCACGAGUGUUGAUUCUCAGUGGUGGGCUGACAGAGGUUUGGAAGUGAAACGGACCUGA